AAAUAGUUUACGAAGCAAAACCCUUAUUUUAAAAAUUUGUUUCUUCUUCUUUGUUGCGCCGUCGUUCACUCUCUAGCUCCGUCUCUCUAAAACCCUUCUCUAGCAAAGCAUCUUCUUCGUGUCGUUUCGUAAUCAACUAUGUCACUUGAAGAUGAUUUCGUGGAAGACGAUGAGAUGAACAUGAUCGAUGAAGACGAAGCAGCAUCCGACUCCGAAGCAGAAUCACUUUCAGAUUCAGAUUCAGACAACGAGAUCACCGAGAAGCUAGCCGAGCCGACAAAGACUGCCGUCUACAACAGAGACGGUCUUCUCGACAAACUCCAAGACAUAAGCUGGCCAGAAGACGUCGACUGGGCUCACAAACUCACCGUCGAGAUCGAUCAGGGCCCACAAGCCGUCGACGUGAACGACGACCUCGCUAGAGAGAUGGCGUUCUACACACAAGCCCUCGAAGGGACGAGGGAGGCCUUCGGGAAGCUCGAGGAGAUGGGGCUGCCUUUUUUAAGACCGGGGGAUUACUACGCGGAGAUGGUGAAGUCGGACACGCACAUGGAGAAGGUGAAGUCGAAGCUUCUGUACGAGAAGAAGCAGAUGGAGGAGGCGGAGGAGAGGAGGAAAGCGAGGGAUAACAAGAAGAUGGCCAAGGAGGUGCAGUCUCAGAAGAUGAAGGAGAGGGCUAAGCAGAAGAAGGACGAGAUUGAGUCUGUCAAGAAGUGGAGGAAACAGAGGCAGCAGAGUGGGUUUAGUGAGAAAGGUGGUGGCGCGGGGGAGCUUGAUCUUGAGUUUGGGAAUGGGAAGAGUUUUCAGAGAGGUGGUAAGAAGAGACCAGGUGUGUCUCCUGGUGACCGGUCGGGAGGGAAAGGGAAGUCUGCUUCGAGGAUGAAUAAUAAGAAGAGGGAGUUUAGGGAUUCUAAGUUUGGUCAUGGUGGUAGGAAGGGUUUGAGCAAGCAGAACACUGCGGAGACCACUAAUGAUUUCAAAGGCGGGUUUCGUGGAGGCAAAGCUGGUGGUGGUGGCAACAAGAGACAGAAGAGAUAAUAUAAUCGAAAAGGUUUGAUCCUCAAAACUUAUCACCAACUUCAACUCUAUAAACUUAUUUAUUAUCUUGGAUUAUGUUUUUAGAGUAUACAUUUUUGUUUUUGUAAUGGGUAAGGACUGAUAUUUUUCGUUACAAUGUUGUACUAAUGAUUUCUUGUAUUAAGUCCCAUGUGUUUUGAAGAA